UGCUUUUCCAAAAUGGCUUACCAGACUUUACAGCAGGAGUACUUACAAAUUCCUGUUGUUACCAGGGCAUAUACGACUGCCUGUGUCCUCACAACCGCUGCAGUGCAACUAGAGAUCAUAACACCUUUUCAGCUAUACUUCAAUCCAGAUUUGAUUCUAAGGAAUUAUCAAGUAUGGCGACUAAUAACCAACUUCCUGUUUUUUGGGCCAGUCGGCUUCAAUUUCCUGUUCAAUAUGAUUUUUUUGUACAGAUACUGUCGCAUGCUCGAGGAGGGCUCAUUCAGGGGACGCACGGCUGACUUUGUCUUCAUGUUCCUCUUUGGUGGGCUCCUGAUGACUAUAUUUGGCACCUUUGUGAGUCUGGUAUUCCUGGGCCAGGCCUUCACUAUCAUGCUGGUGUACGUGUGGAGCAGACGAAACCCAAAUGUUCGCAUGAAUUUCUUCGGCCUGCUAAAUUUCCAGGCGCCCUUCCUCCCUUGGGUGCUGAUGGGAUUCUCACUCCUGCUGGGAAACUCCAUUAUUGUGGAUCUUUUAGGUAUUGCUGUUGGUCAUGUGUACUUCUUCCUGGAGGAUGUUUUUCCCAACCAGCCAGGAGGUGGAAGGUGGCUGAAGACCCCAUCUAUCAUAAAGAUGCUGUUUGACACUCCAGAGGAGGAUGCCAACUACAACCCUCUGCCUGAGGAGCGUCCGGGGGGAUUUGCCUGGGGAGAAGGACAGCGCCUCGGAGGCUAAACACACCUCCCUACCCUCGCUGAUCGUCAGGUCACUUCCACGGACAUUCCCUCAGAGAGAUGAAGGGGACGAACAUGGUCUUUGUUUUUGACGUGUUUGUUUAGUUCUGGAUGAAGAAUGCCAAACCAGCCAGAACUUGUUUGGAGAUAACCGUCUGUUGUCUUUGUAAAUGGGCUUAAAUCAUCCUCAGAAACUCUUCUUGAUGCCAGAUUGUUGCUCUAAGACUAUUUAAGAGAAUUCAAGCUUUGGAUGGAACUGUGGAUGGUGAGCCUUUUGGCUCAGGUUAUAUGGUCUUCAUCUCAAAAAAAUGUUGAUGAACAACUGUCAUAUGAAAGAGAAAAAAUGACAGCAGUAAAAUAAUAAUGGAAAGAUGGCGGGUGUAUUUUUCUUUUCAUUUCACUUUUUUAAUGAAUAAAUGUGUGUGGCAAAUUA